UAAUAAAAAUAUUUCUUUUUAUAUCUCACUCUCGUUUAUACUUCCCUCUGAGAACACGUAAAGCGAGAAGAGGACAGCCAACACAUGGAUAUUAGCAACCUGCAACCCUGCGGCCGCUUUCGUAUUGUGUCGAGUAGAGAGAGGAAGGUUUCCCUUCUUGAAACUCCGAGGUCUGGGAAAAAGUCUCAGCCACGGCAACCAGCCAACCUAGGUUCUUUACGAAGGCUCAAAAAAACCAAACAGAGAGGAAUUAACUUGAUUUUCCCAUGCAAAGACUACUACUUGUUGUAUUACUACUCUUUUUAAUAUCCCCCCAAAAGGAUAGCCCAAACAAGCAGUACCUAAGUGAAGUGAAAAAAAGACCCAAACGCCGCAAAAGAUUACUUUUUUUCAGUUGGUGUCAAGAACCCAACCAACCAACCAUACCGCAGUAUACUGCAGCAAUGAUAUCAGAAGCAGAAAAAAAAAAGAACGACACACGACAGACAACAUUGCAGGUCCUAUAAUACAAGGGCGACGAGAAAACGUAGCCACUCCCUCCUUUCCCCCCCU